AUGUUAAAGACGGGCGAGAGCCAGAGAAUAUGGGCAUCUUUAUUGGAAGUUGCAACAACAUGGCUAUGUCUUCUGGUGCACUGGCCAUUCCACACUGCUUGGCUGAGCCUCUUUCUUGAAGAGCACUACGUCUGCACACAACAGCGUGUCCCUCGUGGCAGUGGCGAGGUGGCAAGUGGAGGAACGCCGAGCUUAGAAGUGGACGAAGACGAUGCUACCGCCUCAACCACCAGCCAACCCGUCCUCCCCGAUGAUACUCUCUCCAUGCUCUACUCGCGUGUCCUUAAACGGUACUGUUUCCUUCUUUCAGUUGUCUCACCACAAACUUCCCCAAACCUCCUUUCCCGCAUGCCCGUAAACUAA